GCGAGGCGAGGCGCGGCCCGGCAGCGGGCAGCGGGCAGCAGCAGUGGCGCGACUACCGCCGCACGGGCCGCACGCCUCGCCACGCCGCACCGCAGGUCUCUUCGCUCAUGGAGGAGCUCGUGCGACUGGAGUGAGCGUGUGGCUUACGGCUAUAUCCGAGGAACCAUAAGCAACAGUCACCGGCAGUUGAGGGUUAACUGGUAAUGCGGGCGCGGGUCGAGGCGAGCAGAGACCGCCGCGUGCCGCCCGCGGACUCGCACCGCCCCCUGGACGCGCCGCCCCGGCCGCCAGCCGCGCGCUCGCCCUGCCCCCACCGCCUCUGAAGUCGAAGGCACAGCUCAGCCGCAGGAUCCCUACAGGAACCAUGAUGAGCGACCUCUGCAAGACGCCGUGGUGGCUUUGUGCGCUGCUGUUGCUGGCCGCCAACGUGCCAGAUGCCUGGUGCACGCAGCAGAAGAUGAACUUCCGCGAGAAGGAGAAACAGGUGCUGGACCAGAUCCUGGGGCCAGGUCGCUACGACGCGCGUAUCCGGCCGUCGGGGAUCAACGGCACAGCGGACAACCCCACCAUAGUGAAAGUGAACAUCUUCCUUCGCUCUAUCAGCAAAAUAGACGAUUAUAAAAUGGAAUACAGCGUCCAGCUGACAUUCAGAGAGCAGUGGAUGGAUGAGCGACUCAAGUUCAAUGACUUCAAAGGAAAAAUAAAGUACCUGACACUGACAGACGCCAACAGAGUAUGGAUGCCAGAUUUAUUUUUCUCUAACGAAAAGGAAGGACAUUUUCAUAACAUUAUCAUGCCCAACGUUUAUAUACGUAUUUUUCCUUACGGAUCGGUGCUCUACAGUAUCAGAAUCUCUCUGACGCUCUCCUGCCCGAUGAACCUGAAGCUGUACCCUCUCGACAGGCAGGUGUGCUCGCUGAGGAUGGCCAGCUAUGGAUGGACGACUGAUGACCUGGUGUUCCUGUGGAAAGACGGCGACCCGGUGCAGGUGGUCAAGAACCUGCACCUGCCGCGCUUCACGCUAGAGAAGUUCCUUACUGACUACUGCAACAGCAAAACCAACACAGGAGAGUACAGCUGCUUGAAGGUGGACCUGCUGUUCAAGCGCGAGUUCAGCUACUACCUGAUCCAGAUCUACAUCCCGUGCUGCAUGCUGGUGAUAGUGUCGUGGGUGUCCUUCUGGCUCGAUCAGAGCGCCAUCCCGGCACGGGUGUCCCUAGGCGUGACCACGCUGCUCACCAUGGCCACCCAGACGUCGGGCAUCAACGCCUCCCUGCCCCCCGUGUCCUAUACCAAAGCCAUCGACGUGUGGACGGGCGUGUGCCUCACUUUCGUGUUCGGCGCGUUGCUCGAGUUCGCGCUCGUCAACUACGCGAGCCGCUCGGACAUGCACCGCGAGAACAUGAAGAAGCAGCGCCGCCAGGUUGAGCUGGAGCACGCCGCGCAGCUCGAGGCGGCCGCUGACCUGCUCGUGGAGGACGGCAGCACCACCUUUGCCAUGAAGCCGUUGGUGGGACACCCGGGCGGUCCGGCGGCCGCAGCGCCCGGCCUCGCGGGCCUGGACAAGGUGCGCCAGUGCGAGAUCCACAUGCAGCCCAAGCGCGAAAACUGCUGCCGCACCUGGCUCUCCAAGUUCCCCACGCGCUCCAAGCGCAUCGACGUCAUCUCGCGCAUCACCUUCCCGCUCGUCUUCGCGCUCUUCAACCUCGUCUACUGGUCCACCUACCUGUUCCGCGAGGACGACCGCGAGUGAGCCGCCAGCCGCCAUCGCAGCAGCAGCCAGCUAUGUGGGCCGUCGUCGCCAGCACACACACACACACACACACACACACACACACACACACACACACACACACACACGACACACAAGCUCACAAGCACACACAGACACCAGCAGACUGCACACCGACACACAUUUGGACUAAGCAGGGUCAUCCGCGGCGGACUGCCUCCGCCUUACAACCUUCCUUACAGCACGAUUACCUCCCUCCCCACGCCCCCGUACAAAACACGAAUACGUCCCCUUCUCCCACCAAUACUUCACACGUAAGAAAAUUGUCGCCGUUAAGCUGAUCUACUAUUAUCAUGAAAUGUACUUUUGUGUCACCUGUACCGCAGAAAAAAAAAUUUGUAAAUGUGUAGAUUUUUACAGUUUCGUAAUUAAACAAUCAGCUCCUUGCACGAACACUUUCUAGACUGCACACUAUAGCUGUCAGAACACAAUCACCGACACAUUGGGAAAGGACUGAACUCCUUGUAUGUCUUCUCCCGCAUUGACGCUCAUUUUCUCUGUAGGGAUCUUGUCGUUUUCCCAAUCCUCGUACGUAGCCUGCCUGUGUUACAAUGAUGUAUUUCUCUCCCCGAGCCAGAGUGGCGUACUAGCAUUCCUGUGUCAGACUGGCGUAUCAGUGCAACACCUCUAGAGACUACCAUUACUCAGUACUCAGUUUAAUGGUAAUUGUUGGCUGUACGAUAAUACAGACAAAAUGACUAUUCGCCCAUCUUCAGAGACAACUUUUCAAUGGGUGGAAAUACAUGUGUAUGUUGUUACUUUUGUAUUCUUCGAAAGACGGAUGCCGUCGGUGUACGUACUGACUACUUCUGCGAGUGAGAUUGACAAUCGUCUUCCCUUACAGGGCUACGGUAGGUAUAUCUAGGUGUAGAAUAGUUUCCUGCCGUACGUUACAGACUCUCAGCCGAAUUCGAAGGAAGAUCUGUGCCAUUUUCCCACAUUCAGUGCGCUCUUUGAGAACGACGCUGCUAGCCUUCCUCAGUAUGAAUCUGUCUCAGCAUCUGAAGAAACCUGGAAGUGAGAGACAAUAUGCUCCUAUCUCUGACGACGAAUUCUCAAUGUCUUCGAUGGACAGAGGCAUGUUAAGACAUUCCUAGUGACACACUUGACUAAGUACUUGGCAGUGCUACAUAUAAUGGCUCGUAAAGCAAUCAGAUUCAGGGCUGAUCUGUCCUAUGGAAUGGCCGCGUGCAGCACUUGUAUACUUUUGCGAGAAUCAGUUUAUAUUCGAAGCAGAUAAUGUUAGAUGCAUCCAGGGUGGCAGGGUGACAAAAUCAAAAUUUUACAGAAGCUCGUUCCACUUAAGGCGGUACUUUUUUUUGGUAUACUGAAUAGCGUUACUUGGAGCUAUGAACUGUCGAUUGUUUUUGCAUAAAGUAUCACUUCUUCUUGUUACGAAAACCUGUGGCCAAAAUGUGAAUCCUUCUGCCCUCCUGUAAGCAUCCGACAGGUGAGACACCUUACGGUUUGUUUUACUUUCAGACUAUUUUGUUUUAUAGCGACGUGUCUCUGUCUGAUGGACGCUAAACGCAUAUUAGAUCCAGGUUCUUGGAUUUUAACUGGGAAGACGAAGAAAAUGAUUUCACACUUGUGAGUUUAUUUCACGCUUCCGCACAACAAAGUAAUGACAAAUUGACGCUAUUAAAUCUAAGGUUCACUAUGUAAACGUCUUCCAAACAGCAUUAAUUAUUUGCCUGGUUGUAAAAGUGUUGCUGAUCAGUUUCUAAUUCACUGUGUAAUAUGUGGUGCUUUAAUUAGUGCAUAAAUUACUGACAUGAAAGUGACGGUUUUGGUUUGGCCAUUGAAAUUUCAUAAUUUUCGGGAAACUAGAGUUUAAAUUAGCUAUGUCUCUACUUUAAUCUGCAGACGUCACUCGUUACUCGAAAGGCACAAGCUGACUUGGACAACAGUUUUACCAGAAUGAGAGCCCAAAAUAGAGAGGCAGAAGGGUUCAUUUCAUACACGGUCUGAAAGUGACACGUGAUGUUUGGUCGUGGGUUGCAAGCAACCAGGUUGAAUUGGAAGUUUCCUUCUGGGCAUUACAUUCUCGUUCGUUUCUAUACUACCUAUACUGCUUUAUCCGUAGCGAGAAGCGUUUAUUGAAAUAUGGAAAUGUAUUACCCGCUGCAAAACAUACUCGUAAUAACCGUAGGUGCAAAGCGCGUGUGCGCCAGGCGGGACGUAGAGCUAGACAUAGACUUCAGUCCGCAGGCGACAGCCACACGAGUUGGAGCCGGUCAGGGCUCCGGCCGUGUCGGGCGCCGGGAUCGGGCGCACACACGUGGCUUUGCUGGUAGCCGUAGCUCACAGCAGCCGAGAGGGUCGCUACCCGUCUGAGCGGUAAUACCUUGUUAUUGUUUGACGGUUACUAUUAUUUGUAUAUUCUAGAAAUGUGUGUAAUGUUUAGCACUUAGCACGAAUAAAUAUAUGAAAUAUAUUAUAUACGUAUAUAAAAACUGUGAAAGCGCAAUUAUUUUUGAAAAAUGAGAGUGAGUUUGUGAAGAAGAGGAAGGCGCAAGCUUUGAUAGUGAUUUCGCGUUAGGAGACGUAGCGUAGAAUAGAGGAGUACCGACAUCUUGUAAUCUAAUGUUGUGCUAUUUUGUUAACUUCAUUAUGAAACGUCAAAAAACUUUAAAAGAGUCUGAGUGAACAGAGAAUAUCGCAGUAAGUCAUUAAAUGAUGAAUUAAAGUUGUAAGGUUGUUUAUUGAAUGUUGUCAUGACUGUUGUAAUAAUAAAUGCACAUUUUGAAAAAUA